AUUUUUAUAUUCACCAAAAUGUCUAAAGUAAAGACCAAGGAUCUCCGUGGUAAAAAGCGAGAGGAAUUAACAAAAAAGUUAAAUGAAUUCAAACAAGAAUUGGCCAACCUUAGGGUUGCAAAAGUUACUGGUGGAACUGCCUCCAAAUUGUCAAAGAUAUCUGUUUUCCGUAAGAACAUAGCUCGUGUUUUGACAAUUAUGUCACAAAAUCAGAAGGAAAAUUUGAAGAAAUUUUACAGAAGGAAGAAGCGAAUUCCAACUGAUUUAAGACCUAAAUUAACCCGAGCUAAACGACGUGAAUUAACAGCAACAGAGAAAUCAAAGAAAACAAAGAAAGAGAUGACAAAAUUACGCCGAUUUCCUAAGGUUAAAUACUAUCUUAAAGCCUAAGGAUCUUCUAUUGAAAUAUUAAAUUGAUUGAUUUGAUUUGUAAAUCACAGCGCUAACCAUAUUUUACAAACAACAACCAAAAUCCAUUUUAUCAAAAAUAUCAUUAACAAUAGUUGACUAAAAGAAACUAAGCUGCAAAUGAAACUUAAUUUAAUUCUGAAAACAUUUAAUUUCGACUUUUCAACUUAUUAAAACAUGUUAAACUUUGCUGAGUA